GAAAAGAGGGAGCGAAACAUGAGAGGCUGUGUGAGAAGCUGCAGCCGCCGGCAGAGGAGACCUCAGCAUCAUCCGGAGCCCAGCGCCGGCCCUGCCUCCGCUCGCCCCGCAGCCGCCGCCGCCGGUUCGGUUCCUGCUACUGUCUCACCUAAACAACUCCCGUUACACGGACAAGUGAACCUCUGUGACCGCCUUCCCCUCCUCUUCUUCCUCCUUCUCUUCCAGCUGCCUCUCCUCCCACUUCCCAGCGGCAGCAGAAAGCCCCUAACCCAACUGACACUGGCACAACUGCAAACGGUGUCAUCUGCACAACUUUAUCUCGCUCCUUGGCCUCCCCUAAGUCACUGGACCCACCGCCUCGUCUUUUAUUUUUUGCAAAGUUGCAACGCUGUACAUAUUUUCGGCCCCGCCACCUCUCUCUGCCUCUCGAGUGUCCUGCCGCCCCGCAGCCGCUUCCUGGAGCUGCGCCCUAGUGCCCCUGCUGGGCGGCGGUGUUUCCCCCCCAUCCUCCCGCGCGGAGCCCCUGGCGCUCCGGGCAGACGAUGCUGAAGAUGCUCUCCUUUAAGCUGCUGCUGCUGGCCGUGGCUCUGGGCUUCUUUGAAGGAGAUGCUAAGUUUGGAGAAAGGAGCGAAGGGAGCGGAGCGAGGAGGAGAAGGUGCCUGAAUGGGAACCCCCCGAAGCGCCUGAAAAGGAGAGAUAGGCGCAUGAUGUCUCAGCUGGAGCUGCUGAGUGGGGGAGAGAUACUGUGCGCUGGCUUCUACCCUCGGCUGUCCUGCUGCCUGCGGAGUGACAGCCCGGGACUGGGGCGCCUGGAUAACAAGAUAUUUUUGGUUACCAACAACACAGAAUGUGGGAAGUUACUGGAGGAAAUCAAAUGUGCACUUUGCUCUCCACAUUCUCAGAGCCUGUUCCACUCACCUGAGAGAGAAGCCUUGGAAAGAGACCUAGUAUUUCCUCUGCUCUGCAAGGACUAUUGCAAAGAAUUCUUUUAUACUUGCCGAGGCCAUAUUCCAGGUUUCCUUCAAACUACUGCUGAUGAGUUUUGCUUUUACUAUGCAAGAAAAGAUGAUGGAUUGUGCUUCCCAGAUUUUCCAAGAAAACAAAUCAGAGGACCAGCAUCUAACUACUUGGACCAGAUGGAAGAAUAUGACAAAGUGGAAGAGAUCAGCAGAAAGCACAAGCACAACUGCCUCUGUAUUCAGGAAGUUGUGAGUGGUCUGCGCCGGCCUGUUGCCGCCCUGCAUAGUGGGGAUGGCUCGCACCGUCUCUUCAUUCUGGAAAAAGAAGGUUACGUGAAGAUAUUUACCCCUGAAGGAGAAAUUUUCAAGGAGCCUUAUUUGGACAUUCACAAACUUGUUCAGAGUGGAAUAAAGGGGGGAGAUGAAAGAGGACUGCUAAGCCUUGCAUUCCAUCCCAAUUACAAGAAAAAUGGAAAGCUGUAUGUGUCUUAUACCACCAACCAAGAACGGUGGGCUAUCGGGCCUCAUGACCACAUUCUCAGAGUGGUGGAAUACACAGUAUCCAGAAAAAAUCCGCACCAAGUCGAUCUGAGAACAGCCAGAGUAUUCCUUGAAGUUGCAGAACUCCACAGAAAGCAUCUGGGCGGACAACUGCUCUUUGGAGCUGACGGCUUUUUGUACAUCAUUCUCGGUGAUGGGAUGAUCACACUGGAUGAUAUGGAAGAAAUGGAUGGAUUAAGUGAUUUCACAGGUUCGGUGCUCCGGCUGGACGUGGAUACGGAUAUGUGCAACGUGCCUUACUCCAUACCAAGGAGCAACCCGCACUUCAACAGCACCAAUCAGCCCCCGGAAGUGUUCGCCCACGGCCUCCACGAUCCAGGCAGAUGUGCUGUGGACCGACAUCCCACUGAUAUAAAUGUCAAUUUAACAAUACUUUGCUCAGACUCCAAUGGAAAGAACAGAUCAUCAGCCAGAAUCCUACAGAUUAUAAAGGGGAAAGAUUAUGAAAGUGAGCCAUCACUUUUAGAAUUCAAGCCAUUCAGUAAUGGUCCUUUAGUUGGUGGAUUUGUUUAUCGAGGCUGCCAGUCUGAAAGACUGUACGGAAGCUACGUAUUUGGAGACCGUAAUGGGAAUUUCUUGACUCUCCAGCAAAGUCCUGUGAGCAAGCAAUGGCAAGAAAAACCGCUCUGUCUUGGGAACAGUGGGUCCUGCAGAGGUUACUUUUCAGGUCACGUUUUGGGAUUUGGAGAAGAUGAGUUAGGUGAAGUUUACAUUCUGUCAAGUAGUAAAAGUAUGACCCAGACUCACAAUGGAAAACUCUAUAAAAUUAUAGAUCCUAAAAGACCUCUAAUGCCCGAGGAAUGCAGAGCCAUGGUGCAGCCUGCGCAGACACUGACUUCGGAGUGCUCCCGGCUCUGCCGGAACGGCUACUGUACCCCCACGGGGAAAUGCUGCUGCAGCCCAGGAUGGGAAGGGGACUUCUGCAGAACUGCAAAAUGUGAGCCAGCGUGUCGUCAUGGAGGUGUCUGUGUCAGACCUAACAAGUGCCUCUGUAAAAAAGGAUAUCUUGGUCCUCAAUGUGAACAAGUGGACAGAAACAUCCGCAGAGUGACCAGGGCAGACAUCACCUAGAUGAAACACCUUUACCCUGUCCUGUAAAAUACUAAAGUUACAUUUUUCACCAACUUAAUUGGAAAGAAGGGGAGUGAGAAAGCAAACAAUCUUUAAUGUGCUGUGGAUCUAAUCUAGCAAUGUAUCCUUGUGCCAACAUGUAAUCAUUUAACGACGGAUGAAAAAGCAAGAAAACAGCCAAUCUUUAUAAAAUUUCAGCAUUUAAACAUUUGUAAAGUGCUUUUCACCAUAGCAAAACUGGCAGAGUAUAUGUGAUUAGAAUGUUGCAGAUGUCACACUGAAUCCAACCUCCCUGGAGAAGAGCUCACUGGUGUUUAACAAACCUUGGCAAUGUAAGCUGUCACUUGUACAAACUUUUAAUAUAAUAAUUCUUACCAAAUAUGACUUUUAAUGUAUAUGUUCCUUCAAAACUCAGUGAAAAAUCCUCACUGGUUAAUGUAUGAAUAAAUUUCUGUAAAUGUCCUGUUCAGGUUUUUAAGGAAAUGCCACCUUCUAACUUAAAACUGCAAAAAAGUCUGAUAGACAUUUUUUUUUAUGGUUUUCAAGGCCAGCUCUCCACAUUUGGAUUAUAACAAAAUGACAAGGCCUCUUUGCACUAUUGAAAAAAACCUCUACUCAUGACACGUGCACACCCACUAUAGGUUGUCCUGUAAACAUCUGUUCCUCCGGAAUCUAAAUUGUAGAGUAGUAUAGAUUAGGCAGCGCAGGCUAACUUUCCAAACAUGCUCCUUACCUUUGGGACUGUGAACCUCAAUUAAAAAGAAUAAAAUCUUGUAACUAGCAUUUCUCUAUUGUUUAAAAGUGAGAGAUUUGCAAUUAAAACACAGUAAGCAUUUAUACAGAAACCGCAAUGGAGAAAGGUUGGUUAAGUACACUGCUCUUGUCUUCCAUAUAUGAUUACUUAGGUUUCAAGUGACCUCAUGCCAAAUGGAAAUGGGUUGAGAAAUCUUGGUUCAGUGCUUAGUGAACAAUAGCCUGCGUUAAAAAGCGCAUGCAUAAUUUUGCACAAUUUAGAUUCAAUUGACAGUCUAUUCAAAGAAGUCUCAGGAUUAAAUGAGCAUGGAGACCAAAUUGCCCUCUUACCCCAGAAAAGGGGUGGUCCCUUCUAGUCACACUAACACUUCAUUGGCCCAACAGUGUGACAAAUCUUGCAAUGAACCCCGCGGUAGCCUGCGUCUGUAGGUUAAUAGCAGUCUUUUGUCUCCGUUGCUUUCUCUUCAGAGCCCUUUUACUGAAUUCCAUCACGGAAAGUUUUACAAUUAAAAAAAAAAAAUGUCUUGACAACCAUUUUUGUAAAUGGACCUUACCAUCUAAUCGUCCCUUAUUCAACGUGGGUGACAUUAGCAAAAUGUGAACUUCUUGUGAGGGAGCCAGCUGUCUAAAUCUGUCAAAUUGUGCAGUUUUAUUACACAUUCUCCUGUUCAUAGUUUCACUGAAAACAAUAAGGAUACUGCUAUACAUUCAGCAAAAUCUGAAAAAGCUAGCGUUUCUUCUUACAUCCUUAAUCUUUUCAUCGCUUCCAAAAGAAUCUUUCCAUAAGAAAAGGUGUUAUAUUGCCGUAGUUCUCGAAUUUAAAAAUAUUUAUGUUAAAUUGAACAGAUCUAGAUUUUUUAUGUAGUGCUUUCCCAAGUGGAAGCAUUUCAAAUGACUUAGAAAAACAUAUGUACCCCAGGUGUCAUUGCUUCUUCCAUCGUGAGUCAUUAGAACAAAAGAUCAAAAUUUUCUAAAAGGAAGAUAGCAAGAUCCGUGGAUAUUAAACCCAAGCAAAGAAAGUCAGGUUAUUGGAGUCAUUUCUUUCUGUUCUUAGAAGAGAAGUAAAUAACAAUGGCUAGUUGAUGGCUACAUAUUUUAAACUCCGUGGUCAUUUGAAAAAAAUAUUUUGCCCUUUUCUUUCAAAUAGAGUGUUUACAUAUGUGAUGAUAGAAUUAUCUUUAAAAAAGUCAUGAGGAAAAGCAGGUAGGAAUUGUUUGAAAAAUAUGAGCUAGGGAAACGUUAUUGUUUCAUCACACAAAUGGCAACAUCUUGGUUUAUAAGAAACACAAUCAAAAUGGAAGAAAAAUGUCCUUGGUAUGAAUGUAGAUGUGUAAGAUAAAGAUAAAAUAAAAAAAUAGAAAAAUGUAUAUUAUUAUUAUUCCUUUGUCCAUUCUAGAGCUUAAGCUUUGGGUGUCAAUUUAAUGUAAAAUGCUAUUAUUGUAGGUAGUUAUCAAGAAUUGGGGGAAAAAAAACUUUCUACUGCUGCUUCUGCCAAACUCUUAACUCUUAUUCUGGUUAGUAGAACCUUGUUAUUUUUUGCCAGUUAUUUCAGGUACUGAGAAGAAAACUGAAUUGGCACAUCAUUAAAAUGAAAAGAAGGGAAGAUUUACGAAACUUGACUGAUGACAAAAAGUGUUUCCAUCCAUACCUUUCCUUCUUGGAAUUUUGUUUUCCUGUGCUAUUGUAAAAUGUAUUUUUAAUUUUAUCACAAAGAGUACUCAGAAAUUUUCUCAGAUUAAUGGACUGUCUCCUAAAGAAAGAGCAAAGAAACCUCCCCAUACGGCCUAAACACACAACCUGAAGAGAAAACCAUUCUCUUUCUCAUUUACACACUUUAGAGAAGGCACUUCUCUAUGUAUUUCUUUGAAAAUAAUUGCAUAAUAAUAUACUAACAAUUUUUAAUGUAUUUCUUUUUUAUUCUGUUUAUAGCUCUAAAUCAUAAAUUAUACCUAAGACAUGAGGUUAGAUACUACAUCUAGGGUUUUUCAAAGUAUACAUUAAUUGAAACUUUUAUUAGUCUAGCAUUCUUAGCUUUGAAACCAAGCCCAAAUUUUUAAGAGGAAAAAAUAAGGUAUGCCAUAGGCAGUUGUAGUUAACUGAUCAAUAAAUUAUAGUUUUUGAGCAUCUCUUUAGAAUGUUACCUACAAUGUCUAUUUCUCUUUCUCUCUUUAUCUAUCUCUAUAUCUAUCACUCUUCUCUCACCUGCCCACCCACACCAAUAUAUCCAUUGUCCUUUUAACCUCUCCCUCCUGCCCUAUUUCUAUUGGUUUUUGAUUACACAGACUUGUCCUCAGUACACCAAUAAUGAAGAUGCCUUGGGGCAGAUUGCUACUAAGUUUGCUGGUUACUAUCUUUUCUUUAUUUUCCUGAAGAAUGCCUUCCUCUGGUGUCACAUUUGCUCAUACUCUUCUGUCAUGAAGAACAGUAGACAAAUAUAAACAUACUAAGCUAAUCUAUUAGUCAUCGAAGAAAUAACCAAUAGCAGAAAUGACACCCAGCCCAGAUGUUCCAGUUCAGCCGAUGUUCCAUCAUAGAUUCAGUGAAGACAUAUCCCCAGUCAACAGCUUGAGCUAAAAGGGGGAAAAGUUAGGAACUAUUUCCUAUUUAAGCAACAACCGUCUCUAUGGAGUCUGUUUUAAAGAAGAUUAUUCCAAAUAUAUCAGAAAAAAAAAAGAAAUAGUUCCUCAAUGGAGACUUUAGAGUCUUAUUUCUCCUCCCCUGAGAUAAGAUGAACUUGGAGAGAACUCAGACCAAAAUUCCAUGCACAGAAAAUGUAUAUAUUUCUAAGUUACUCCCCACCCCCAGAAGUUAGUGGGCCCAUUAUUGUGAACGCUAACAAUACUUUCAGAAAGUUCCUUUUUAGAAUAUCCUAAAGAAACACGUUUGCUAUUAUACCUUCGUCAUCAUACUAGUCAGGCAUACCUCUAAUUAUUAAUAUGAUAGCAAAGAAGGUGGGAAAGCUAAGAAUAGAGGCAUUUCAAUAUUAAAAAUAGUAAGAACAUGACCAUAGACCCACCCACACACCAAUGCUAGCCAACUUCAACAUUUUUUCUCUUAAAUUUCUCCUCAAUUUUGGAAAUUGGCUCAAAGUAAUUGUAUCAGAGAGUAAGGUGAAUUCACAAGAGCAUGAAGGAAUACUCUAGUGCCCCUUGCUUCUCAAGAACAGUGGUAGUUUCCCUAGCUGCUGUGAAGAGACUGAUUCAUUUAUCAGAUCAACACUUCUCUUAAAUUAUUUACUCAAAUAUGAACCCAAGAUACACCCAUCAUGUAAAUUGCUUUCUUUUAUAUGGGUCAUAUAUAAAUUGGUUGAAAAAAAUGCAAGAAUAAAUAAUGGAUCCCUUGUAUCAAUAUAAAGUCUUAGGUCUAAACACUAUUAUUGCUCUUUUAGUCGGACUUCACAGUGAUUUAUGAAAAGAAAAGUAUUGACUCAACAUGAAUCCUAAAUUUACAUCUCAUGUAUAUCACAAAAUCAGAUACCAUGUUUCAGUCAGGAUAGUUUUGCUUAUACAGAUAUUACUUAAAAUCAAAAUAUGUUUGUGUAUACAUAUAUACACACAUACAUAUAUACAAGCAAAUUAACAUAAGUGGUGAGUUAUCUCAAUUGACUAUAAUCUUCUAUAUUAAAAAUAACUUUGCACAUAGGAUAGAAAGAACAGAACAUUAACUGUGGUGUGGAAUCCAUAUGGCUAACUAUAAAAUAUACUUUGUCUUCGCAGUUAGAAACUAAUUUUUGUGCAUUUCCUUUUCACUGGAAAAUAACUAGUCAGUAGUUCCCAUGCACAUGAGCAAUGUGUGAUCAGGCUUGGUAUGGUCUAUGCCCAAAACAUAUGUUGACUAUUUCCUUACCUCAUAUUCUUAAAAUCUGAGACACGACUUCCUUGAAUAAAUUAGAUUUCAUGUAUAGUAAAGCCUAAUACUAUUAAUACUACUAAUAUAUUAAUAGUCUAUUCACAAUACUAUUAUUGAGAAGUUGAAAUGACAUUAUGAAUUACCAGAUAUUUCUUAUAUCUCAUUAUAUCCAUAGAACAUUUUUGGACAUGCAUUUCACCAAUAACCAUAUAGUAACAAGAUACAUGACACUGAGGUACUAUGGAAUUUUUGGAUCUUGAUUCCCUAUGACAUGCUAAAGGAGACUAUUUAUUUAAAAUAAACCCUUCUAAUUAAAAUAAAAAAUGAUCAAAUCAUUAUAAUUAAUAAACAUAAAAGAAAUCUAAAAAGAAACCCGUGUAUCUUUCCUGGCUUUAGCUGUGAUUAAUUUUGUCCAGUUUUGAAGAAUGGUUAACUUUAUCAUUCUUCUAACACAUUUUGGGUUUCCUUGUUGUUCAUUUUCCUUUAGGUUAUGCACAAUUAGAGCAAUUUGUCCAUAACCUUACAGAAAAUACCUGAUCCAGUCCUUGCUUGUAUUUCUGUUAAGAAUGCAGAAUGUUGUGGCAAUAAGUAGUAAAAGCAGGUACAUGUAUGAGGGAGCAGAGUCAAUAUAUGAACCAGUUGGGAUUUCUAUAAAUGUUCUGAAAAAUAACAUGCAAAGUCAUUGGCUCUGAUAAUCCCUCUAAAUUUUAAUUAAUCUGACUUAUUUAACCAGGCUAUUAUAACAUGCAAUGCUCUUUGAUAGAUCUUCUGUUACUCAGCCAUCCAUCUAUUAAUUAAUUCAACAAAUAUUUAUUGAAAUGCCCCGCAUGAUUAUGUGCUGUAGAAAAGACAAGGGUGUUUAUAAUGAGGGAUUGUGAGCCCAGUGGGUAUGAUGAGCAGGUUUGAAGACAAUAUUCACACCCAACCAGCUCCAAUUAGCUCAACACAAGAAUACAGCAAGAAUAGUACAGAUGGCCUAAAGUACAUCUGUGUGCAUCUGUACAUGUGCACACACCCAUGUAUAUAUAUUUAUCUAUCUGUACAAACACUACAUAUGUAUACACACUAUCUAUGUAAUAUAUAAUAUAUGUAUAAUGCAUAUAAAUUCUAACAAGUGUAUUGUGUUAUCUUUAAAAUAGAACAAUUGUAUCUUGAAGUGGUAAAUGCAGAGAAAUUGGUUUUUAUUGUUGAUCUGUGGAUUUAAUGAUUUUUUAGGUGAAGAGGAUGUUUAAGUGUACAAUUUGUUUUCUUAAUUUAAUAUAUUUAUGUAAAUGCAUGCCUGAAAUUUGGUUAGAUUGGCUGUGUUUUGUGUCCUUUAACAUGAUCAAAUGUAUUAAACUUUAUCUUAUGACCUAAUGUAAAUGUGCUAUUUUAAAAUUCUUUUAGUAUUUUAAAAAGUCUUUCCUAA